GUUUAGUUGGCUAAACGUUGGCUGGCCCAGCAGACGCUUUGGAUUAAGUGUUGACACAAAUAAAAUAAAAUAAUAAACUCAAGUUUAAAACUAAAAAUAAAAAUUGUUAUAAAAAAUAUAAAUAAAAACACAACAAAAUCUAAAUGAAAUGUUUAACCACCACAAUUCUAUAAAUAAUUGAAAUAUUUUCUAAUUAUCUAAAGAAAUCUAGCAAAAAACAAAAACUGUGAUAUUUAAAUAAAAUUUAUUAUUUAUUGUAUUUCUAUUAAAUAUUAUUAAAAAAAAUCUAAACAAAAUUUUCUAAAAUACAAAAAAAAACAAAUAAACAAACAAAUAUGAAAGUAUCCAAUCGUGAUAAUUGCAAGUAUUCCAUUAAUUUGAAAAUAUUCAAAUUACAACCCAGCGCUAAUGGUGAUAAAAAGUCCUCUUUAGUAGUACCCAUGCCCACCAUAAUGCCCACCUUACAAAGGAAACGCAACUCUUGGCGCAAUGCCUGGAAACUGGCCCAUCACAAUAAUACACAAAGUAUUAAGUCCCGUAAUCACAAUAAAAACUCCAACGCAAAUAAUUAUAAUAAUAAUACCUCAAGCAACAACAGCACCCACUCCUCUUCUAACACUAAAGAUAAGAUUUGCUGUCCAGACCCUCACAAUACUGCAGAUAAUUUAAACAAUGAACCGCCACUAAUACUCAAAGAUCAAGUUCAAAAUAAAGCAAAAAAAAGUGAUAAAAUUAUAAAAAAUAAUCAGAAAAAUGAUAUGACCAACAAUCGACCAUUGGAAGAGGAUGAUAUUUUGUCUAUGCCCUGGUUUGGCAUGGAUAUUGGUGGCACUUUGACGAAAUUGGUGUAUUUUGAACCCAAAGAUAUAACACCCGAUGAGCAAGAUCAAGAGGCCGAAAGCUUAAGAAGCAUUAGACGUUAUCUAACUAAAAACUCAGCCUAUGGCAAAACAGGUCAUAGAGAUACACAUUUACAGAUGGACAAUGUGGAAAUACGCAAACGUACUGGCUCAUUGCAUUUUAUACGUUUUCAAACCACAGAUAUGGGCAACUUUUUAUCGCUGGCCAAACAAAAAGGCAUGGCUGAAUUGGUUACCACUGUAUGUGCCACCGGUGGUGGAGCCUAUAAAUUUGAAAAUGAUUUCCGUGAGCAAGUCAAUAUGAAACUGGCUAAAUUUGAUGAAUUGGAUACUCUUAUCAAGGGCAUACUAUUUUCAGAAAUACAAAAUCGCACCGAAUGUUAUUAUUAUGAAAAUGCCCGGGAUAUAAUGAAAAGCGAGAAAAAAGCAUUUGAUUUCUCCCAACCUUAUCCCUUUAUAUUGGUAAAUGUGGGCUCUGGUGUAUCUAUUUUAGCGGUCUAUGGUCCCGAUAACUAUAAACGUGUAUCGGGUACUAGUUUGGGUGGCGGUACAUUCCUGGGUCUAUGUUGCCUAUUAACCGGCUGCACUACCUUUGAGGAGGCCAUACAAUUGGCCACCAAAGGCGAUAAUCGCAAGGUGGACAAAUUGGUGCGUGAUAUUUAUGGUGGGGACUAUGAUCGUUUUGGUUUAACUGGAGAUUUGGUGGCCUCUAGCUUUGGCCAAAUGCAUAUACAAGAUAAAAGAGCUUCGGUUUCCCGUGAAGAUCUUGCCAAUGCCACUUUGGUAACAAUUACCAAUAAUAUUGGUUUAAUUGCCCGCAUGUGUGCACUGAAUGAAAAAAUCGAUAAGGUAGUUUUUGUUGGCAACUUCCUGCGUGUUAAUCCCAUAGCUAUGAAAUUGUUGGCCUAUGCCAUGGAAUUCUGGUCGAAUGGCACCUUAAAGGGUCUAUUUCUGGAACAUGAAGGCUAUUUUGGCGCCUUGGGCUGUCUACUGCAGUUUAAUGGUGAAAUAGCGGCAGCAUUAAAUGAAACCACAGAUAAAGUUCCAACUUCAACAGAUCCAUCCAGCUCACAGCAUACGGACACCAAUAACAGCGAGUCUAAAGCCACAACAACAUCUGAAGCAGCUGAGGCAGCUAAAGAAACAAAAGCAACACAGGUUUCAGAGGCCACAACGACAGAAACAGAAACUCAAAGAUAGUUAAUAUUCUAGUUUAAAGAGUGUGGUGCCUUUAUUUAAGUUUUAAGCAUUAUAUAAGUUAGUUUUAAUACUAAAAA